UACCCUCUCUUCAAUCUAAUAACAAAUUUUUUUUUUUAAAUUAUUAAAAAAAAGAGAAUAUAUUGAAUAUAAAUAUGAAGGAAAAGAGAAAGUAAGUAUAUAUGAACAGUUUGCAAGUGUUUGGCAUGUUUUCACUUGAGUCGAAAAAACAUCAAGUUUGUUAAGUGUUUUAACAGUCUAUUAAAGAAGACUUUCGCCAAAGUUUUUCUCAUUAAACUUGAUCUUCCUAGAGUUCCGAGCUAAAGUCGGAACCAACAUAUUUUUAUAAACCGGAAGCCAAAUUUUUCUUAACACGGAGCGAACCUUGUGUUAUAAUUAUACAAAUUUUACAAAAUGUGAGAAAGAUUAUCCAUCCCCAAGGCAAUUAUAAUCUUAAAACUAAGAUUGAAUGUUUCAAUUGUCCUAUAUGAAAAUCGGCAAAAUUAAAAAGCUUGAAAUGAUUCUGACUUAUAAAGCCUAGAGACCUCGACAUUAAAUUUUGAACUAUUAUUCAUUUUUAGCUGUUUUAGAUUUUGAAGACUUGUUCCAGAAUUAAACCGGCUCAAAAUUAUAUAAACUUGAUAAUAAGGGUAAUAAUUACUGUUCCACAUAUCUGGCGUUUAAUAAAAUAAAAAUAUGGCAGUGUUAAAGUGUUGCUAAAUUCAACCUACUGUCUAAUUUACUUGGAUAAUUAGCGUGGUCUUGCAUGUGACUAAAAUAUUGUAUUUUAGGCAUUUAAAAAAAAAUGUUUGUGACGCCAUGACACAUUUAUACAGCCUAUUAUGGCGUCAUAAUUGCCUUUCGUCUAAAUCCGACCCUGCUUACUUCUCACGCAAUGAUGUUACGUUUAUGAAAGUAUGAUUUGAAAAUCUUUUAUAAAAAAUGUACUGAAAUGUAUAUUGCUGAUACAUUGUCACGAGCAUAUGUUUCAAAUGAUAAACCUGUUGAUAUUAUGCAUGAUUAUGAUGAUUUUUAUAUUCUGACAAUUGUUUCUAUUUCCCCACCAAGAGCACAUGAAUUGGUUGGAUUCCUAUCAAUAGGAAUCUCAUUUUAAACGGAUUCCGUGCGUAAUAACAGUCAGUUUUUUGAAGUAAAAUAAACGAAUCUCUAUCAAAAUGAUAUCGUGUUUGUGAUACGGUAAAAUGAAAUCUGCGAAAAUAAAUUUAGUUAUCUCCAGAUAUAGCAUGGCAUGUGUGGCGUUUUCUUACGAUAUAAACAUAUUACAACUGGUUCAAUUCAAAUAUAGCAUUCAAAUUGAAUUUCUAUUCACAUCAAAUAUUUCCUGUUAUAUAGAUUAUAGAGCAAUGAAAAAUCGCCAUGUUUUGGCAAUUGAAGGGUAGAUUUGUAACAAGUAACAGCGACCACUGAUACCACUUUUUUGUGAGAAGUUUGAAUAUUUUAGUCUAUGUGUGUUCAUGGUGAUACUUGUAAAAAAUGAAGGAAACAGGCACUACGAAUUCAUACAAGGAAUUUAUGUCAGCAGCAGUAGUUUGCAAUAAUGAAAUUCCAUGUACUGCAGGGAAAAAUAUUCUGGCAGCAGGAGGCUCAGUUGUUGAUGCUGCCAUCACGUCUAUGUUGACAUUAGGAGUGAUAUCAUUCCAGAGCUCAGGAAUAGGUGGUGGGUUCUUCAUGGUUUACUAUGAUGCAAAAACGGGAAAAGACUAUUUUAUCGACGCAAGAUCAGUUGCUCCACUCGAAAUUGAUCCUGGAUUCUACGUUGAUAAUAAUUAUGCAAAAACAUAUGGUCGGUCAUCCAUUGCCGUCCCAGGAGAGAUACACGGCUUUUGGGAAAUACAUCAAAGAUUUGGAAUACUUCCUUGGUCAGCCCUAUUCAAGCCAGCCAUUGAAUUGGCGGAAAAAGGUUUUAGGAUGACCGCAUCCUGUUCCAACUGGCUCAGAGUGACUAUGCCAAAAGUAAAGGAAAAUGAAAAUUUAAGAAAUUUCCUGAAGAAGUCCGAUGGAACAUUCAAACAAACUGGUGAUUAUAUCAAGAGACCAAAUUUAGCGGCUACUCUCCGUAUAAUAGCAGAAGAAGGAGCUGCUGCUUUUUACAACGGAUCUUUAACAAAAUCUAUUUUAGAUGACAUAAAUGAUGGAUUUGGUUUUCCUUCUGCCAUCACAAUCAAAGACUUCAAUAUGUACAGGACUAGGAUAAGGGAGAGUACGAAACUUCAACUGGACAAUUUCACAGUGAUAUCAACGGCAGCGCCGAGUGGAGGAAAUAUGUUGGCGUAUUUACUCAAAAUCCUUCACGAAUUCAAUCUAUCUGCUGAGGAUCUUCGCCAGGAUGAAGUUUUAACCUAUCAUCGAAUUAUUGAGGCGAUGAAAUUCACAUAUUACGAGAGAAAUGUACUUGGGGAUCCUGACUUCUGUCCAAAUGUUAAUCGGAUUUUAAAAGAAAUUAGUACGGAUGAAUAUUGUAAGAACGUAAGGGAAAAAACUGAUGAUUCACAAACUCACCCAUUACAAUAUUACGGUGAAGAUUUGACCCCGGUACAAGAAGAUCACGGUACAGGGCACUUGGGAAUAAUUGGAGAAGAUGGAAGCGCGGUCGCCAUGACCAGCACUGUUAAUCAACCAUUUGGCAGCAAUGUUCUUGGACGAAAAACUGGUAUUGUGUUCAACGAUCAGAUAGGAGAAUACUCGAUACCAGGGGAAACAGUCACUAAGAGGUGGCGUCCAAAUAACCUGCUUGAACCUGGGAAAAGAGCUCUUUCGACUACAUGUCCGACUAUUAUUUUAAGCAGAACGCCUGGAGGUCCAAAAGUAAAAAUGAUUGUAGGGGGUUCGGGAGGGACAAGAAUUGUAAGCGCUACAGCACUAACAAUUAUACGAACGCUUUGGUUUCACGAGGAUUUAGAUAAAGCAGUCAAAUCGAAGAGACUUCAUCACACCUGGUACCCGAACGUUUUGCACAUUGAGAAUGGAAUGGACCAGGACGUUGUACGUGGUCUAAAAGAGCGCGGGCACAAGAUAGAGUGGAUGGAAGGUUACUGUUCAACUGUCCAGGCAAUUCUGAAGCUAGAAAAUGGUAGAAUUGCAGCCAAAUGCGACGAAAGAAGGGGAGGAUAUCCAGACGGCUUUUGACAAAAUUAUUACAUAUAUAUACGAUAUGGCCAUGAGUCUUUAUAUCCAGUAGCAGACGAUACCUGACUUCUUCAAUUAUGCACUGCUUUACCAAAACUGCUUCUUAUGUUCAAAAUUCAUACAUAUAGUUCAAAUUUUGUGCUUUGGCAGUAGCUUAUUAUAACCAACAUAAUACUGA